AUGUUUCAUUCUGCCCCCUUCAGCGCCCUCAAUCUUGGAGAUCAAAAGCUAGCGUUCGCCUUGGAUAACUUGGAACGAGAGACUGGCUUUCGUAUCAAGGAGCUAGGACCCACAUCAGCCUUCCUCAAGACGUUGCGUGCCUAUUUGGAUUGCCGCGACCUAAUGGAUGCCAAAUACACCGAAGUGGAUGAACUUCAUUCGAUUGCCAAACUGGAACUAAAAGAAGAUUCAAAUGGGAUUCAGGUGGUGGACAAUGAAUACAAGUCAGAGUUUCAACAGCAGACUGUGGAUGGAGAUCCAGUCAUGUAUGCCGAGGAACUCUAUGCUGCAGCAGCGAUUGUCGAGCCUAUUUACAAAGAGAUGAUCGAGGGCAUUGUGAAGCAAGUCAAAGACUUUCUUCCAGAACAAAAAGAUGACAUGUAUGUCGAAUUUGCCCCAUUGAAAGGGAUGGACCGCGCAACUGAAAAGGCAAAAGAUGAUUAUGGGCGAAGACUCCCUGCGACAGGUGUCUCCUGGUUGUAUGAUAUUGUUCGAGGAAGUAUAAGCUGUGGCCAUUCGGAACAAAUUACGAAAUGCUUGGACCUGAUUAUGCAAGACCCUCGCAUUUUCAUUGUCAAGGCCAAGAAUCGGUUUCAGAAUCCGACCUUGACAGGAUACCGUGAUUUCAAUUUGGCCUUUCAAAUUGAAGCACCACAAGGCUUCAAGCAUAUCUGUGAAAUCCAAAUCCAUCAUGCUGCUACCAAGGCAUUGAGCAAGGAGCUCGAUUCCCACAAGCACUAUGAGUAUUUCCGUACAUUCUUUCAGGGAGACACCUCCGAUUUGGAGACACACUUGGCCGAUCUAAAGGCAAUUGAUUCCGGGAUGCGGACCCAAGGAGAUAUCUUUGGAUCUGCUGGUGGAAUGUUUGGGCAGAGCCAGGCUGAUACACGGUUGGAGCGAAUGGGUGAAUUGUUCCUUCAUCAUGGGAUCCAAGAAUACUAUUUUGCAGCACACGUCUACUUUCAGCUGUUGAGGCUUCGGAUGGAAGGAGCGCGCAGGGGACAGCCCAUGUAUCUAGUCGCAGAUGCUUACCACAAGCUAGCGGUUGCAAUCUCAAAAACCGGAAAAAUCAUUGAGGCCAGCAGAAUAUACAAGAAGGCUGAAGAAAUCAUAAACGACCCAAAGAGUAGGGCUCCCAUAAAAAAUAUGAGAAUGUGGAUGUCAAGUAACGGAUUUCUCACGGUAUGUCACCAUCACUUCACCCCAGUUAAAUUCUUUUGA